UGAGAUAUGAAUUACACAUGUGCAUUUUUGUCCUACAGUGCUUGACAUCUUUAAAAUGGAACAAACUAAAGGUUUAAACAUGGUCCUUCUGGGGAAAACAGGAGCUGGGAAGAGUGCAUCAGGAAACACAAUCCUGGGACGACAAGCUUUCGUCUCAACGAAAAGGUCCAGAUCUGUCACUCGAGAUGUUGCUGUUGAAUCUGGAUCAGUCGGUAUCUUUCCAGUCACUGUUUAUGACACACCAGGAUUAUUUGACACAGAGCUGAGUGAUCAUGAGAUUCAGAAGAAAUAUGAAGAGGUUCUUCAGAGAUGUGAAUCAGAUCCCUGUGUGUUUCUGCUGGUCAUCAAAGCUGAUAGAUUCACUGAAGAAGAGAGAGAAACUGUGGAGAAGAUCGAGAAACUGCUGGGAGAAGAGCGUCUGAAGAAAACCUGGAUUCUCUUCACCAGAGGAGACGAACUGGAGGAGGACAACAUGACAAUAGAAGAAUUCAUCAAUGAAACUGAAGAGCUAAAGAACCUCGUUCAGAAACAUGAUCAGAGAUACCACGUGUUCAACAACAAGACAAAGGAACGAGCUGGACAAGUUCAAGAGUUUCUUAUAAAAAUAUUUAAGACACACAUGAACCGUUUGGAAGAAGUCCUAGAGACAUUGAAGCAGAAUCCGCUAAUGAGGAAAACACCUAAAGGCACUGAACCAGACGCUCCUGCUGACUGUCUCUCAUCCCGACGGCUUGUUCUUCUGGGUAAAAGUGGAGUUGGGAAGAGUGCAGCUGGAAACACAAUCCUGGGACAGAGAGAGUUUAACUCUGUGAUGAGUAUGAGUUCAGUAAAGUGUGUAUGUUCAGAGGAACAUGCCACUGUUUCAGGCAGAUCUGUGUCUUUAGUUGAUACUCCUCCAUUCUUUGACACACAGAUGAGACCUGAAGAGUUAAUGAUGGAGAUAGCCAGAAGUGUGUAUUUAUCCAGUCCUGGACCUCACGCUUUUCUCAUUGUGUUGAGAGUAAUAGACCGAUUCACUGAACAGGAGCAGCAGAUUCCUCAGAUGAUUGAGAUGAUGUUUGGUCAGGGAGUGUUAAAAUACUCCUUCAUUCUCUUCACUCAUGGAGAUCUGCUGGAAGAUGAGCCCAUAGAGAAACUCAUUGUGGAGAACAGGAGAUUAAGAGAUCUAGUUCAGCAGUGUGGAGGCAGAUAUCACGUCUUCAACAAUAAAGAUCUGAACAACAGAGAGCAGGUGAAUGAUCUCCUGCAGAAGAUUGACUCAAUGAUAGAGCAGAAUGGAGGAGGACACUACAGUAAUCAGAUGUACGAUAUAACCCUUACCCCUUUUUGGACUUAA